UAUUUGAUCGAAGACGAUCGAGCCAUAUUUAUGUACAAAGAUGGAUCUCAAGCUUGGACAGCCAAGGAUUAUUUAAUCGAACAAGAACGCUGUGAUACGGUAACAAUCGAUAGCAAAGUUUUCGAAGGAAAAUACAGAAAAGGUUCUCCAACUCGAUCUGAAUUAUAAUCACGAUGAACAACGUACGAAGCAAAUUACUCUACGUCAUCUCCUACGUGGACGUAUUGGCGGUCAGCUUAAUUAUUCCAUUAUUUAAUCAACAUCUGCAAUCGAUGGGUAUAUCGAAUGUUAAAAUCGGACUCCUCGGAUCCAUCUAUUCAGCCGUUCAAUUCUUCGCUAGUCCAAUCAUCGGCCAUACCAGCGAUGUCUACGGUAGCAAAAGAGUAUUAAUCGUUACACUCCUUACGUGUUCCAUAUGUUACCCUAUUAUGGGUCAAGCUACCACUUUCAUCGCCAUGUUAACUAUAAGACCAAUCAUCGGAUUCGCUAAACAUACUCAAUUAUUAUGUAAAAACUAUAUUCAAGAAAGUACCGACGACGAAAAAGAGCAUUUUCGUAUAUUCGGCAACUUGAACGGAUUCACUUCACUAGGCUACAUUAUAGGACCGGUCAUAUCAGGCUACCUGAUCAAUACCGAAAACGGUUACUCGAAUAUGUGCUGCGUUACCGGAAUAUUAUUCGCUGUCAAUGCUCUAAUUUCGUAUUUCCUUCAGAUUAAAUCGAAAAAGAAACCGAGUCAACGUCGAAGCACUAAUUUCAUUACCAGUUUUAAGCAUAUACCUUGGGCUACGUGUUGGGAUCUAUUUCUACUCAAGUGUUUGGCUGUAUUUGCUAUGUUUUCCUUCUAUCUUAAUUACCAUACUGCUAUGACGACUCGAUUUGGCACAACGUCAGUUCAAAACGGAUAUUCGUUAUCUUUACAAGGACUAGUUCGAGCUUUGGCUGCGUUCUUUAUCCAUAAGAUAUUCGAGUUGUUUCCUAAUCAUCUGAAUACAUCGCAUAGGAUGCGAAUCAUUUACGGUAUCUUGAUCGUCACAUUUUCGGCGUUGUAUUUAUCCAGCUCGUUUUACCUAUUUUUAGUAUUCUUGGUACCGUUGAACGUAUGCUUGUGUUUUAUCAGAAUCGUCAAUCAUGACGCUUUGGUUGAACGAAUCAAAGAUCAUCAGAAAGGAAUUAUUCUCGGAGCAUUUAAUAAUGUCACAGCUGUGUGUAGAUUUAUCCUUCCGUUAUGUUCGGGGUAUAUUGUCGACGUAUUCGGUUACGAUGGAUCGUAUCUGAUUUCUAUUCUGUCUCUGGUAGUCGGUCUUAUAGUCAUAAGCAUGUACAGUGUUCGGCAGAAAGUCGAUUAACUUAAUUAAUGUAAUUUUAGUUCGUAAUUUUUUUUAUUUUAUGAAUUUCAGUUACCAAUUUGUAUAUUUUAGCCACGUUAUUCUCAUUCCAAUUGCUCAAAAGAUAGGGAUCGUUGAAUCGGAAGUAUGUUAUCUUUCGAAAGUGAUAAUACAAUGUAAUACGAAUUCAUCGACGGUGACGUAAUCGGUGAAUUAUUUGAUAUUUUUUAAAGCCUUUUGUACGAUUGUAUCCUUUUUCAGACUAGUGAUCUAUUGAAAAAAUAUUUGUACGGUAGAAGUGAGGAGAAUCUCUUUCUCAAGUUGAUGAGGUGUCCGUCAAUUACGUAUUAUUUUUUGUAGCAUUACUCGUGAUAUUUUUUAUUUUGUUUAUAUGUUUAUGAAAUGUAUGUACGAUUUGUAAAUAUAAUUUCGUUUGAUAUUA